GAGGAUCCUAUGGCCAUGAGCCUCUCACCUUUACCUGGUGGUCUCCUCUCUGCCUUUGCUCCCCAGGAGCUGCGAGAAGACAACAUCAUCUUGAUUGAAACCAAGGCCAUGCUGGAGGAGCAGCUGACCGCUGCCCGGGCGCGCGGAGACAAAGUGCACGAGCUGGAGAAGGAGAACCUGCAGCUGAAAUCCAAGCUGCACGACCUGGAACUGGACCGAGACGCAGAUAAGAAGCGAAUAGAGGAGCUGCUGGAAGAAAACAUGGUCCUGGAGAUUGCCCAGAAGCAGAGCAUGAACGAGUCAGCCCACCUGGGCUGGGAGCUGGAGCAGCUGUCUAAGAACGCGGAGUUGUCAGACGCCUCCAGGAAGUCGUUUGUGUUUGAGCUGAACGAAUGUGCAUCUAGCCGCAUCCUAAAGCUGGAGAAGGAGAACCAGAGCCUCCAGAGCACCAUCCAGGGGCUGCGGGAUGCAUCCCUGGCACUGGAAGAGAGCAACCUCAAGUGCGGAGAGCUGGAGAAGGAGAACCACCAGCUCAGCAAGAAGAUUGAAAAGUUACAGACCCAGCUGGAGAGAGAGAAACAGAGCAACCAGGACCUGGAGACCCUCAGUGAGGAGCUGAUCCGGGAGAAGGAACAGCUGCAGAGUGACAUGGAGGCCCUGAAGGCCGACAAGGCCAGGCAGAUCAAGGAUCUGGAGCAGGAGAAGGAACACCUUCACCGAACCGUGUGGUCGCUACGGGAGAAGUCGCAGGCCAGCAGUGAGGCCCGUGGGAAGGACGUCGAGAAGGAGAACAGGGCCCUCCACCAGGCAGUGACAGAGGCUGGCAGCAAACUGAGCCAGCUUGAGUUGGACAAGAAGCAGCUGCACAGGGACCUGGAGCAGGCCAAGGAGAAGGGGGAGCGGGUGGAGGUGCUGGAGAAGGAGCUGCACCGUCUGGAGAAGGAGAACGAGCAGCUGGCCAAAAAGGUGACCUCCCUGAAGACGGUCACCGAGAAGGUCGAGGCCCUGGAGCAUGAAAGCCGGGGCCUGGAGCUGGAGAACCGGACGCUGAGGAAGUCACUGGACACUCUGCAGAACGUGUCAGUGCAGCUCGAGGGCCUGGAGCGUGACAACAAACAGCUGGAUGAGGAGAACCUGGAGCUUCGGAAGAUGGUGGAGACCAUGCGCUUCACCAGUGCCAAGAUGGCGCAGAUCGAGAGGGAGAACCAGCAGCUGGAGCGCGAGAAGGAGGAGCUGCGGAAGAGCGUGGACCUGCUGAAGGCGCUGAGCAAGAAGUCGGAGCGCCUGGAGCUCAGCUACCAGAGUGUAAGUGCCGAGAACCUCCGGCUGCAGCAGAGUUUAGAGAGCAGCGGCCACAAGUCACAGGCCCUCGAGCGGGAGCUGAGCGAGCUGGAGGCUGAGCACCAGGCGCUGCGGCGAGACCUGGAGGCCCUUCGGCUCACCAACAAGCAGCUGGAGAGGGCCGAGAAGGACAAAAAGGCCCUGGAGCAGGAGGUGGCCCAACUGGAGAAGGACAAGAAGCUGCUGGAGAAGGAGGCCAAGCGGCUGUGGCAGCAGGUGGAGCUGAAGGACGCCGUCUUGGACGAAAGCGCCGCCAAGCUGUCGGCAGCCGAGAAGGAGAGCCGUGCGCUGGACAAGGAGCUGGCCCGCUGCCGGGACGCGGCCAGCAAGCUGAAGGAGCUGGAGAAGGACAACAGGGACCUCACCAAGCAGGUCACCAUGCACACGAGGACGCUGACCACCCUGAGAGAGGUGAGCCGCAUGCUGGAGGGGUGGCGGGAGGGCCUGUUUCUGGGGUGUGUGGUUCUAGAAUAG